AUGAAGCCCAGUCCAAAAAGCAACCAGAAUAUGGCCAAUACCCUGUGGAGCAGGGGCGUUCCCCCUUUGAGGUGUUUGCUAACCCUGCUUGACAGUGGCUGCCCUAGAAACCUCUGUGAUGUGACCUACUGUCCCAAGACUGUGGGCUUGAGGAGGCUGUCGGGCUCCCAGGCACCACUGAAGGCUCCCACCUUCCCUGACCACCACCUCCUGCAGCCGGGGGCACUGCCUGAACGAUUGGCAGCCCCGGACACGCCACUUGUGGCCAUCGGGGCCACAGUCCUUCGCGAGGCAGCAUCGUUCUGGCUGGCACCCCCGGCCGACCUCAGGCUCCGCGCCCGCGCUGCCCUCCGCGCUGCCCGCGCUUCCCGCACCUCCCGCGCUGCUCACACCGCCCGCACUCCCCGCACCUCCCGCGCUUCAUACGCCGCUCACACUCCCCGCGCUGCUCGGCGCUGCCCGGCCGUGUUCCCGCCGCCGCGGAGGCGGCCGGAGGGCAGGAUCACGUCCUCUCCGCAGCCUCCUCCGGCCGGUACCUAUCUCCGCUUAUUCAUCAGCGAGAUGACAAAUCUCCCGGGCGGGUGUCUGUCCCGUCCUCCCAGAGAGCGCUCCGUCCUCAUCGCCGCGGCCGGCUUGUUGGCGAGAGAAAAAACCUCUUUCUGAGUGAGCCCUGA